AUGUUAUUAUCAAAGUACUAAAUUAAGAUUUUUAAUUUAAAGGUUUAUUUUUUUAAGAUUAAGGUAAAGAAAGAACUAUUAUUAUAUUAAUAGAAAAUGCUCACUGCAGAUUUUUGCAAAUUUAAUAGCAGUGAAGCCUAAAAUUUUAAAUAAAUUUAAUCAGCUUCUAUUUUACUUUGGAGAAAUAAAUUAAAGCAAAGUGCUGUUCUACCUAUCCUAAUAUUAAGAUCAUAAGUUUAGAAUAUUAAAAAUCCGCUCCACUAAAAUAAAUUAGAAAAUAGAAUUCAAACAUAAGAUAAUAGAGAAUGCUUGUAAAAAGACAGAAAAAUAUAAAAUAUAUACUUGUAGUGGAAUUAAUUAGCUAGCAUUCUUCAAUAAUAAGGUCCGUUAGGAGAUUUUAAAUUACUAGUUUAGGACUUCCACUAGCCAACAUAAAAAAUGAAAUUUAAAGUAAUUAUCAAUGAUAAGGAGAAGUUAAUAAUCUCUGCAAGCUGGUAGCAAAGUAUUGGAGAAUUAUGUGAUAAAAUCCUCAUAUCGUUUUUUAGCACUUUUAUUUACUCAGAAUAGUAAUUUAAUGGAGUGUUGGCUGUAGAAAAUCUUCCUGUAUAAAUUAAUAAAUUAAAAAUCAAUAAUAAAAUGGUUUGCAUGAAAGAUAAGAUAGGAAAAGUGGCUAAUUAAAAUGAUAUUAUCAGUGUCAUAUUUAGCAAAAAAACAUAGAUUGCUAAUGAAUCUUAAAAAAAAAUCCUGAAAAAGUAUGAAGAAUAUAAUUAAAAAAAAGCAAAAGAAUUGAAAGAAAAAUAAAAAGAAAAAUCUGUUUAAAUAAAUUCUCAAAAGUAAAGUAAUCCUGAUUAGAACAAUAAUUAAGCUUAAAAGAAAAGUAAUUUAUCAAGUGAAGAUAGUGAAAUGUCAGAUUAUGAUAGUUUUCUUAAUGAUAUUUUAAAGAAGUAAAAAGUUGAAUCAUAAAGUGAAGAAGAAAGCUAAAAAACUUCUUUUAAAAUAAAAUGCAAGUUUAUAUUAAGCAUUGAAAAAAUUUAUGUUGAUUUAUGGGAUCAAUUCAAACAUGAAAGAAUAAAGUUUAGCAUAUGUUAAGAAGAGUCUCUUGAAGAUUUAAAAAUGAUCAUUGAAGAUAUAAUUGGUAUUGAAUCAGAAAAAAUACAGAUAGUAAGUGAAGUUUAUUAAGAUUAAAGAUUAUAUGAAUUGGAUCAAAUAAAUCCAAACUAUGAGUUGUUCAAUCAAGAAACAACUUCUUUAGACUAUUUCUAUAGGCUUGUUGGUGGAUGA